CUGAAUAGAAAGUUUCUAUACAUGUAAAUUAUUUUGCGUUUUCUUUUUUUUUCAAUUUGCAGAAUGAGGUAGAUAUGUGUUAUCUUGUUUGUUUAGUAUGUAUUCAAGUUAUAUUGUAAAAACAUUUUUGAUGCAUUUAUUCGUACUGGAACUUUUCUUGUGAAGGUCAAUAUCAAAAUUUUAAUGAUGCAAUAUGACCCUACAUGGGAGAACAGAACUUUUGAGAAAACGAAAAUAGAGAGUGGGAAGGAAAACUCGGUGGUACAGAACAAAUCUGUGUCUACGUACGACAGCUAUCAGACAGGUGAAUCUAAGCGUUCAACUGAGGAGGAGGAACUACGAUCACUUUCAACCACGCCCAGAUAUUCGCACGAGGACCUAGGGCGUAUUGUAUCCCCGCCACACUCCUCCGAUUUCUCAACUGGCGAAGCAGAUGAUAAUUUUGACGACACACUUUCUGCACAACAAGUACUUCUAAAAUCUAGAACAACGCAGCUAACCAAUCGACAAACACUUCCGGUUUCUGACAAAGUGUCUGUUAACUCGUAUAGAUCACAGAAUACUCAGAACUCUUCUGUUAUUUCGGAGAAAGGAUAUACAAAACCAAUCGAGGCACCCUAUAAGAAAAGAUAUGUUUACUACGAGAAAGGUAGCCCAAGAUUAUUGCAAGAAUCCCGUAUAAAUAACGAAGAAUUCCACAAUUUGGAUAAAUCACCAAGAACGAAGUACCAAACGAUUUCCACAAAAACAGCUCCACAACUACAAUCUUCAAAGGCAAGUAAAGAAUACCACAAUAAGCCUAACAGUAGCGACCACAGCUUCCAAAAGAGCGUAACCGGAAAUGAGAGAAAUUCUGUCUCGAUAAAGAGCAAUACCAACCGUAAUCCUUCCUCGGUGAUUUCUGGAAAAACCCGAAACACUGCAUCAAACAAUAGACUUUCUGUCUCGGUAAAAUCCGGAAAUAAACGGUUUCCUACUUCAGUAAGGACAGACUAUUCUCUACUUCGGGCCGCUGACUUUAUUCAAUUAACCCCUAGUGUAAAUAUAAGUGAUAUUCUGAUGGAUACUGAGAAAGCACAAAGAGAUCUGAUCAAUGAGAAUGAACGAAGGGAAUCGCUGGAAAAAGAGUUACAAUCAAUUGAAGAAGAGCGAAAAGAACUGAACACAAAGCUUGCAACUCUCAGAGUUAAACUAGGUGUUGCAAACUCUAAUUACAACGUUAGUAAGAAUGAAUGUGAUGCAAUGAGGAAAAAAUUUCAAGAAACGCAGAUACAAAAGGCACGACUUGAAGAACGCAUAGGAACAUGUAGCAAAGAUUUGGAGAAAUUGAAAGAUCCCAACAAUCCAGACAGUAAUGUGAAUCUAAAGAAAGUAGUCCUUAAUGAUAGAAAGGAAAUACGUCGUUUGCGGACGGAACUUGAAGGGGUCAGAUCUGAGAGGUCAGAGGUUCAGAAGCAGAUUCAGGACAAGGAUGAAAAAAUCAAAAAGCUCAAUGUUUCUAUAGGAGAGGCCAAAGAGCAACUUGAGGAAGUUAACCACGAUUUUGAAGUAGCUAAAAUAGCUGUGGAAGCAGAACGGAAGAAGCGUGAAGAAGUUGAAGAAAUGUAUAGCGAACUAUUAAAAGACAAACAUGAGUUUGACGAGAAAAUGGCGGAAAUAAACGAGAUGUUAGAAGUGGCUAUAAGCGGUACCAGCGGUAUACAGAAACAUACGGAACAGUACCGGGAAAAGGAACAGUCAUUAGUUAGCAGAAUAGAAGAGGUAGAAAAGAAGCUUAGAGACACCCUCACAUCUAUAGAACAGUUUAAAAACAAAGAUAUGCCAUUAAGAACAGCGACCUCCAUAAAACAUCACCAAUACAGGAUGACGGCGUCUGGGUGGGUGACGGAUACGACACCACACGUGAUUGUCACGACAAACGCUAACGGAAGUAUCGCAGCAUCAGGAUAUCUAGGUAAAUCAGUUGUUUCUACAAACCCCGCGAAAUCGUUGCCCGGUUCUAAAGGAGUGUCAAAAACAACACCCAGAAGCACAGGCGGUUCUUUACCGUCGAAAAGAUAAACUUUCACAGCGUUGUUUACCUUUACAUACCUUGUGCAAAUUGCUUUAUAUGUUGUAAAAUGUUGCCACGUGCUUUA